ACCCCUGGGCUCCUUAACCCUCUCCCCUUCGCCUGUGGAUGGAUCCACGUGGGUGCGCGGGUGUCACUCUAUCCCCACCGGACGGACACAACACAGACUUCAAAGACGGAGGGACACCGGGCUGCGGGACGGCGCGCGGAGGACAGACCACCUCUUCUUGUCUUCUUGUGGAUUUUAUUUAUACUGUAGAACAACUUUCGUGCGCAAAGUGCUAAAGUUGUGUGCCGGGACUUGUUGGCCUUUUGGGGGGAGAUUCACGUGUCUCCAUUUGGCACCAGACGCAUCUGUCACCGACUGCUGCUACGGGGGUCUGGAGCUGCCGAAGUCAUGCCGGCAGGGUUUCAGCAACUCGGAGGGGAGACGGUGACUGGAACUCUUGCUUUGUCGGUCUUCACUGCUGUGUUGGGAUCUCUGCAGUUCGGAUACAACAUCGGUGUCAUCAAUGCACCUCAGAAGAUCAUCGAGCAGGACUACAAUGAGACGUGGGUCCAUCGUUAUGGAGAAUCCAUCCCCACUGGGACCCUCACCUCCCUCUGGUCGCUGUCCGUUGCCAUCUUCUCCAUCGGAGGCAUGUUGUCGUCCUCCUGUGUCGGCUUUGCCUCCGAGUGGCUCGGACGGAGGAAAGCCAUGCUCAUAAAUAACUUGUUCGCCUUCAUCGGUGGGAGUCUGAUGGGGAUGUCCAAGAUCUGCCGCUCCUUUGAGAUGAUGAUCCUGGGACGUUUCAUCAUCGGUGCCUACUGCGGUCUGGCUUCAGGUUUGACGCCGAUGUACGUGGGUGAGAUUGCUCCCACCAGCCUACGGGGGGCACUGGGGACCCUACACCAGCUCGCCAUCGUCACCGGGAUUCUCAUAGCACAAAUCCUGGGUCUGGAGGCGUUACUGGGCAGUGAGGAAUUAUGGCCCGUCCUGAUGGGUGUUACUGUUGUACCCACUGUCCUUCAAAUGGCCCUUCUACCGUUCUGCCCUGAAAGCCCCCGGUUCCUCUACAUCGUCCGCUGCCAGGAGCAUCACGCCAAGAGUGGUCUGAGGAGGCUGACAGGUCGGCUAGAGGUGGGCGACAUGUUGGCGGAGAUGAAGGAGGAGAAGAGGAGGAUGGACAUGGAGAGGAAGGUGUCCAUCCUGGAGCUGUUCCGCUCUCCUCUGUAUCGCCAGCCCAUCAUCAUCUCCAUCCUGCUGCAGCUCUCCCAGCAGCUUUCGGGGAUCAACGCUAUUUUCUACUACUCCACCAGUAUCUUCAUGAAGGCCGGGGUCCAGAGUCCGGUCUACGCCACCAUCGGAGCCGGCGUCGUCAACUGCGCCUUCACCGUGGUGUCGCUGUUCCUGGUGGAGAGGAUGGGUCGGCGGACGCUGCACAUGCUAGGAUUGGGUGGGAUGUGCAUCUGCGCCAUCAUCAUGACCAUGGCUCUCGCCUUAUUGGACAGUGUUCCCUGGAUGAGCUACAUCAGUAUGUUGGCCAUCUAUGCCUUUGUGGGGUUCUUCGAAGUCGGUCCAGGUCCGAUCCCGUGGUUUUUCGUGGCUGAGCUGUUCUCUCAGGGUCCAAGACCAGCCGCUAUGGCAGUCGCUGGGUGUUCCAACUGGACCGCCAACUUCAUCGUUGGCAUGGGAUUCCAGUAUGUCGCUGAUCUCUGUGGGCCAUACGUCUUCCUCAUCUUCGCCUUCCUCCUCCUCUUCUUCCUCAUCUUCACAUUUUUCCGGGUUCCGGAGACACGAGGCAAGACGUUCGACCAGAUCGCGGCCAACUUCCAGUCGCCGGGCGGAGGGAUGAUGGACAUGGACAUGGAUAUGGACAUGGACAAGCCCAGCACUGAGCUGGACUAUCUGGGUGAAGAAGGCCUCAACUGAGAACCACUGCCAAAAAAAAAAAGACCGGAUCAUAUGAGUUUGAUUUAGUCACAUGUAUAUUGAGGUGUAUUUGUAUAGAUUGCAGUGUUAAAGGUCAAAGGUCAUUUACUGGAAACACUGUGCAAAAGAAAGGAAUGAGAUGCACACAAGUGUCUGGACUGAUGAGGCAUUUAUCGCCGCCGUGGUGAGAUUUUAUUCCGAGGUGACAACACUGAUAAACCGAGGAGGGGGGAGACUUGGAAAUUCCUGCACUUUAUCCACAAAAAUGUCCAACGUUGUCAGAGUCUGGAGGUAAAAACAGCAGUGGAGUUCAGUUUUUUUCAGUUUUUACUAAGCUGGGAACACUCAGGGUCGAGUCAAAUACAGAGUAAAAUACAUCUGACAAGUGACAGAAUGAAAUAUGAGAUUCAACGUCGGAUAUAAUUGAAGUAGUUAAAAGCUGAACUUAUAGAGGUAAUGUUUCUCUUUCCUUCAUGUUAUAUGAUGAUUAAGGCUGUGUACGGAGCAAAUAGUGUUAGUUUUAAUCUGUUUCUUUGUUGGAUUGUAAAUGUAGCAGUUAUAGAUUCAUUUAAAUAUUAGACAGAAACUAGGGGAAGUUGACGCACUAGUGCAAGUUUGAAUGACAUUUUACAUUAAAUCGCUAAAGUCUGGAUGAUUUGGAUGAACACAGUUACCAUGUUAAACAUUUUCCUAUCAGUCCAUACCAAUUAUUAUCUAGAAAAGUCAUUUAUUUUAUAUUGAAGGUGGAUUUUUGGUCCAGAGUGAAGGAAACUGGAAUUUUUUUAAUGAUCACAAACACUUUGGAAUUCCCUUUAAAAGAAGCAUAAUAAUAAAAUGUUCAAUGUUAAAAUAGAAGUAAAAUUAAGAAAAUGGCACAGAAUAUUAGACGUUUGUAGAUGUUUUAGCUGAGAAUGUAUAUGUAAUUAAAUUCCAGAGAAAAAGAAAAAUGUAUAGGUAUGAAAAUAAUUAAGAUGUAUCUUGAGUUGAGAUUUAUCCUCAGCCUUCGAAUGCAACCAAAAACCUUGCGAUUUGACAUUUUUGGAAAAGAAGCUGCAACUGGAGGAAAUGACGAGACAAAACAUCUGGAAAUAUAAUUUUUUAACCUCUACUUUGGCAAGAAAUGGGAAAAGAGAAGAUAAAUAUGUAGACAAUCUAACACAACAUAAAGCAAUAAGAGUAAAAUAACCUGAUUAAAUAUGUCCAUGUAUGGACCUAGAAAACAUUUACAGGUGUCAUUAAAAUGUCCCUUAGUAGCCGUUUAAUCAGGGUCAUUAAUUCACAGAUCAUAUUAUCGUAUUUUACUCUGACAGAUGAUGACCCAAAAACAACUACUCUGCGUCCCGUUUUGGUUCCAACUAUUCUUUAAUCUUGACAAACUCAUUGCACAUCCUGGACGUGUGUAUUUUAAUACUUCAUGUGUAUAUAUAGUGUGUGUGUUUGGUUGUUCUUAUAAAGGUACGAGGGUCAAAAUGUCUGAUUCUUUUUGUUCAACAGGAGACAUUUGGUUUCAGAAACAGAUAAUAGUCUCUUGAGAGCAGAUCUUAGUGUAAUAGACUAGUUUUGUAUCACACUGGCGUAUUUUGUGUAUUUCUCUUGGCGUCAGUGUCGUGUACUGACUGUCCUUUUAAUGGUGUGUUCAACUCUGAAAAUACUUCAUUUGUAUAGAGUGAAUUAUGAUGCUGUGGGACUAAAUGAUGCAAAUAUCACUGAGAACAAACUCUGGUCCAGGCCUCGGUCAUUUCUAAUACUGUAUUUUGCACAUUUUAGGCUUUGAGAAAUUAGAAGUUUAUGAAUCAAUACAGUAAUUUAUGUAAAAAUACUCCAUUACAAGUAAAAGCACAUGAAUAUUAUACUUAAAAGCACUGAAGUGAAAGUACUGCAAGAUGUAGUAAAAGCAAAAAAAACAGGUCAGUUUUUAGGAUUUUUUUUUUUUCUCCAAUCUACAAAUUUUGGUUAAACUUUAAAUGAUUUUAUUGAUAUUAAUCCAUGUAAGAAUCAGAGUUUAGUUUUGAUAUCAACUAUUCCAACAUGUGAAACAAGAGCUUAUUUGAAAAAGAGUGGAAACAAUGGUUUACGCUACGGUUAUGUUUAUAAAAAGGCAGUAUUUAGUGAAAUGAUAAAUCAUGACAUUGAUAUGUUUCAACAAACUUAAAUUGCUGAGGUCUGAUGCAAUUUCACACUUCUCCAAAGGUUUUUUUUUGUUGUCUAUGACUGAUAUUUUUUCCAGCUUUAAAAUGUGAACAGUUGAUUUGUGUACAAACAGAAAAACCCAUGACUUAUUUCAAAUCAAGAAUGAAGAUUUGAACCACAGUUUAACAGCUUGUAUCCCCAAUUCUCCAAAACAUCUAACAAUUUCAUUUAAUUCCAUUAACCCCUUCCUCCCAAGUUGGGGGGGGGGGGGGGGGGGGUACACUUUUUCCAUGACUGGGAAAGAGUUGAAUAAAAUACACCUUAACCUGU